UAAUAAAACUUAGAAAAUGACACAGACGAAGACAGCGAAUGCAACGGGCUUGCAGCGACUAAGUCGCCGCGUCCUGCAGACCAGUUUUCGCAUCCACAUCCUGAUCUCGGCGAUGGUGCGCAUCGCUCUGAUUUGCUACGGACAAAUACACGAUAGCCGGUCCGCCGUGCCGUACACAGACAUCGACUACAAAGUGGUCACAGACGGGGCGCGGCAGGUGCUGGCCGGGGAGACGCCCUUCGCCAGGCACACCUACCGCUACAGUCCGAUAAUGGCGUACCUGCAGACCCUCAACAUCCUGAUCCAUCCCGUCUGGGGCAAGCUGUUGUAUGCCACAUUUGAUCUGUUAAUAGCCACGCUCAUCUAUCGCUUGGUGCAUAUGGAGAUCAAGAGUCAAUACCAAAAAACCGUGCAGCAUCUGCUCAGCAAGUUCAAUCGGCCGCAGGAGUCAGAUCAGUCGUUGGACGCCUUGGACGAGCGCAGUCACCCUGAGAACCUGGCCCGUGCCUCCGCCUGCUUCUGGCUGUACAAUCCGCUCACCGCUGUGAUAUCUACGCGUGGCAGUGGUGACUGCUUCUCGAGCUUCUUCGUGAUCCUGACCAUUUAUCUGCUGAUGAAGGCAGAGCACAAGGGCUCCCAUAGCCACUGGCUCAUCUUUGGCGCUGGCCUGGCCCACGGACUGGUGAUCCAUCUCCGGCUGUAUCCGCUGCUCUUCAGUCUGGCCUACUAUCUGUCGCUGUCCACGCGUCUCACACAAACUCCCUGGGAUUUCCUUGGCCAAGUCUUCCGUCCCAACAGGCAACAGCUGUGCCUGGUCAUCGGAACACUGGUCAGCCUGAUCGCCUUCACCUGGACGUUCUACAGGAUGUACGGCUGGGAGUACAUCUAUGAAGCCUACUUGUAUCACUUUGUGCGCAAGGAUCCGCGCCACAACUUCUCGCUGCAAUUCCUGCUGCAAUAUCUGGGCAGCGCCACGAGUGUGGUGGAGCCCUCGAUUAUCGUGAAGCUUCUGGUGAUGGCGCCGCAGUUCCUGCUCAUCCUAUACUUGAGCCUGAGCUUCGGCCAGUUUCGUCAAACGCUGCCGUUCUGCAUCUUCGCCGUGGCGUUCGUGGUCGUCACCUACAACUCGGUGGUGACGUCGCAGUACUUCAUAUGGUACUUGGCCAUCCUACCGCUGUGCCUCAACAACUUCAAGCUGCUGUCGUGGCGCCGGUGCUUCGGCCUGCUAAUUCUCUGGCUGCUCGCCCAAGGGCUGUGGCUUCUGCCCGCCUAUCUGCUGGAGUUCCGUACGUGGAACACCUUCUACUGGAUCGGAAUGCAGGGUGCCGUGUUUUUCGCCGCAAACGGGUACAUUCUGGAGCAGCUGCUGAGUCAUUACGGGUUUACCCAGUUCAAGAUAAGCUACAGAAAGUUACUUUAAUCACAGAAAGCGGUUUAAAACAGUGAAACUAAUACAAUGUUUGUGUAAGCGUAAUUUUAAA